AUGAAGUCGGCAACUUUCCUGGCGGUGGCGAGCACAGCGGCACUGGCACUGGCGCGCAAAUGUCGCGAUAUCAAGGUGCCCGUGUCCAUCUCCGCGGAGAACAUGGUCUUCGACCUCGAGCCGCCGACCACAGAGAUUGAUGUGACAAACUUCUACCUCAACCUAGCCCAGCAGGGCGCCGACUUUCCAAGCGCACUCACGACCGGUACCGCCAAGGUAUCAGGGGACUACGUGCUCCAAACCACAUACUGUGAGCCAGACGAUGGCCCAGGCCACACCCUCCAGGUCAUGACGCACGGCGUCGGUUUUGACAGGUCCUACUGGGAUCUCCCCUUCCAGCCCCCCCAGUACAGCUACGUCGCCGAGGCCGUCGACACCCACGGCUACUCCACCCUGACUUGGGACCGCCUGGGCGUCGGCAUGUCCACCCACCCCGACGACACCGUCAACGAGACGCAGCUCGCCCUCGAGGUGGCCGCCCUCAAAGCCCUCACCGAGCGUCUGCGCGCCGGCAAGGUCUGCGGCAUCCCCACGCCCUACGACGCCAUCGUCCACCUCGGCCACUCCUUUGGGUCCGCCAUCACGUACAACCUCGUCAACGACGACCCGGACAGCAGCCAGGGCAUCGUCCUCACCGGCUUCAGCCAGAUCCCCGACUUUCUGGGCCAGUUCGCCCUCGGCGCCAACUUUGUCCCCGUCCGCAAGGUCGCUGCCCUGGCUGCGCGGUACGAACCCGGCUACAUCGCCGCCGGCAGCGCUGUCGGCGUCCACAUUGCCUUUUUGCCACCCGGCGGCGAAUUUGACCCGGACAUCCUCGACUUUGGCUUUGAGAAUGCCCAGCCGCAUACCACGGGGGAGCUCCUCACCGUUGGCGUCGGCACGGGCGAGGUCAACGCCUUUGCUGGCCCGUGCAUGAUCAUCACCGGCGAGCGGGACGUGCCCUUUUGCGGUGGUGACUGCAUGAGCACUGCGUCCGUUGAUGGGAAGUUUGACAACCUUAUUCAGGCGUCUGCGCCCAUGUUUCCCAAGGCGUCUGUGUUUAACGCCACCGUCGUGCCCAAAACGGCGCACGGGUCACACUUUGGGUACUCGGCCCCGGAUGUGUUUGCCACCAUCCUCGACUUCCUCGGCACGCAGGUGUGA